CGUGACCACGUGACCUUGUGCCUUUUCAGUUGCUUUGAGUUGUGAUUUCUGGUGCUUCGGGUUUCUCCGCUGGUUAAGAGAUUUGGGGAGUGCGAGAUAAUAGAGAUUAUUGAUAUUUUGGGAGAGAGACCGUUUUGAGGAUACUGAGAGAGCAUGGCUUCACUUGCGAGUGAAACGAAAAUGAUGGAGACGUUUUCCAUGAACGUCAUUUCUCAAACUCUAACUCCUCACAUCGAAACAAUAGCACCGGGAGUAAUGGGCAUAAACUUUAUGAGGCCGGAGAAACCGAUCAACACUAUGUCUGAAGUUUACAAGCUUGUACAAGAGCAGGAACAAAGUAAAGUAAAGUCACCCAUUCCUGGUGCUGGCACUACGUCUCCGAUCUUCAAGCCAUCGAAAAUACCACCCACAGUUCCAGCAAAACCGAAGACGCCACCAGCUGUGAACCACUCUGUGCCCUUCGCACCACCUAAGCCAGCUCCUCCACCACAAACGGAUGGACCUACCCAUGGACCUUGCUCGGAUUGUGGAAGAAUGAUUAUUGGCCAAUUUGUUAGUUUGAGUGACAGAACCCUUCACGAAGAGUGUUUCAAAUGCAGUACAUGUGGUGCAUCCUUGAAAAACAUAGGUUUUCACAAUAUAAAUAACAAGCUCUACUGUGAAAUGCACGCCAGGCUGGCAGCACGAGUAAUAGCAGGGAGUGCUACUGGAGUACCAGCUGCACCAGCUGCACCCGCAGCUUCAUCAUAUGUACCACCACCACUUCCCAAAUCCACGCAAGCACCUCCAGCUGUUGCUCCAAAAGUAGCUGCUGCUCCAAAACCAGCCGUCGCUCCACCAGUUGCUCCAUCAUUUACUCCAUCAAGUGCCCCAUCGUUGACGCCACAACCACCCACAGUCCCUUCUUUACCACCGUCCAACGUACCACAAACAGUGCCAACCCCAUUCGGACAAAAUCUGGCCAACCUUCCCCUUACCCCGAGUUCAUCCGGUGGUCUGGCUUUCAGGAGUAUUUCACCUCAACCUUUUAAAAGGAUUUCUGGAGAAUUCCAUAAAGUAGUUGCCCCUUCUAGCCCUACUCCGGGGUCUACUUCUUCUGCUCCUCUUGCAUAUGCUUCGGGUCCUUUGCCAUUUGAAAUGAAACCUUACAUGCCACCUGACACUCCAAGGUCUUCUCUGUUUUCAUCUGUAUCCGAAUCUUCAAUUGCCUCUAUGACAGAUUUUUCGCAAAGUAGUCAAGUGUCUCAAGAAAUGCAGAUAGUACAACGGACAACGCAAGUUACACAGCAAAUGACUCAACAAGUGUCGCAGUCAUCUCAACAGCACAUAUUGCAGUCAUCUCAACAACAGUCGCAGUCGUCUCACUCAAACUUUCCUGUGGAUUAUAAGCAGGUAGCGGGACAGCCAAAAACUAAGUUUGUAUGGCCGCCCCCUAAAGCUCAAUUUGAAAUGGACGGCAGCUUAGUAGCUUCCCAACCACCAGCUCAAAAUUAUUCCCCUCUUGUCACCCAAUCCACGCCCGCUCCUGCCCCUUCUUUCCAUUCAGUACAGCCUCCAGUUCCUCAUCAACAAAUGCAAGAACAGGCUCCGCAACAGCAAGAGGAAUCCGUUCCAGCUCCUAUUCCACCCUCUGCGUUUUCAGUUCCAUCUGUGCCUACAACAUUCUCUGCCCAGCCAGCUAAAGUCGAUGAUGCCCCUGCUCCAGCUCCUGAACUUAUGAAAGAAGAAAUCCAAGCGCCACAGGCUCCACCAGCACCACCAGUCCAACAAGCUCCACCUGCUCCAAGCAUGCCUUCUAUUCCUCAGGCUCAAAACUUUGCACCAGUACUUCCACCAGUUGUAGAUUUGAAGCCAACUCCGACUCCAGCUCAGCCUGGUGUGCCAACCGGGGCUGGAUCUAAGCCUGCACCAAAGAAAGGCCGAGGUCAGCUAAUGAAUGAGCUAACUCCUGGACGUAUACCAAUUUGUGCCGAUUGUGGGGAACCUAUAAGAGGACCUUUCAUCGUUGCACUAAACAGAACUUGGUGUCCGGACCAUUUCCACUGCAACAAUUUACACUGCAAGACAAAUUUGAUUGACAUCGGUUUUGUAGAGGAGCAAGGACAACUGUAUUGUGAAAAUUGCUACGAAGCAUACUUGGCACCUAUUUGCAAUAAAUGCAAUGUCCGCAUUAAGGGGGAUUGUUUAAAUGCUGUGGAUAAGCAGUGGCAUCCCCAAUGCUUCAUAUGUGCGUAUUGCAGCAAACCAUUCGGGAAUAACUCUUUCUAUUUGGAAGAUGGACUUCCCUACUGUGAAAAAGACUGGAAUGAAUUAUUUACAACAAAAUGCAUCGCUUGUGGUUUUCCAAUUGAAGCUGGUGAUAGAUGGGUCGAAGCUUUGAACAACAAUUACCAUUCGCAAUGCUUCAAGUGCAGCAUUUGCAACAAGAACUUAGAAGGACAAAGUUUCUAUGCCAAAGGUGGAAAACCGUUCUGUAAACAGCAUGCCAGGCUAUAAAUCAAAAUGAAGAGAACUAAAUGUCCUUACUAUUGAGAUGAAAGAAUGAGAAGUUACCAGAAAUGAUGCCAAAGUUUUCUGGGACAAACAAGAAUGUGUGCUGCCAAAAUAUAUGAUUUGUGUGAAAAACAUAAACUAUGUUAGAGAAAUGGGAAGAAGCGAAAGUGAACAAACUUUGACAAAUUCGAUAUUUAAUGUCUAGAUUUUACUAUUUCAAGAGGCUACCGUUAUUAUGGCUACCUUUAGGUUAUUUCACUUAAAACGAAUAAAUAGGAAUCAAUCAGAAUCAAAUUGAGUAUAAUCCGUUACCACGAAUAUGUAAUUCGCAGUGAAGAAGUAUUGACUCAUAUCAGUAUUUGCUAUUUUUAGCAUCCCCAGGUACAGUGCAUUCUCAAGUACAGUUUAUUCAGUUAAAUAAAUUGAGUUGCUUAAAUCACUGGUUGCAGUACACGAUUUUGAUUUAACUCAUGCUAAAUGAAUGUACUUGAAUCAAGCGCAUGAUUGUAAGCUUACUUUCACAGACCUCUAAACAAAAGUGCAAAAUGUGGAUUGAAAUUAUAUGGGAUUGAUUACAUUAGAGCGGACUAAAUGCAUUUAUUCAGGUGCUUGAGCUCGAUUCUAUGGAGAUUUUUUUACUAGUACUUAAUUGAUUACAUUUCAAUUGCUGCAUAGUAAAAACUCAUGAUUGAAAUGUAUGGGAUUGAUUCAUUAGUGCAGAAUGAAUGCACUGUAUUCAGGUGCUUGAGUUCGAUUCUAUCGGAGGUUUUUUAAUGGAUUAAAUUUCAAUUGCUGCUAAUUAAAAACUUUUGAUUGAAAUGUAUGGGAUUGAUUCCAUUAGUGCGAACUAAAUGCACUGCAUUCAGGUGCUGGAGCUUGAUUCUAUUAGAGAUUUUACUGGUAUUUAAUUGAUUACAUUUCAAUUGCUGCAUAUUGAAAACUCAUGAUUGAAAUGGGUGUUUCAAAUUUACUCAUUGCAUAAGCGGGAAAACAAUCGCACAUUUUCGCAAUCAGAAGUAGUACUUUGUCUUGUAAGUUUACGCUUUCAUGUUUUUCUGAUUUGUUUAAUUUGAAAGAUACUUCAGAAUUCCUAUGAUUCUACGCAUAUUGUAUGGUUACUUUAAAAACAUGAAGUUCAAAAUUGUGCAUCUCUCUUUAUUCACAAUAUUUUGAAAACUACUAGUUUGUUCACUUUUGCUUUUUACAUUGCAGAUAUAUAAAUUCCUAAGCUACCAGAUCUCAUAACCCAUUAUGUGUCAUAUAUCUUCAUAGAUGGUAAACAAAUACAAAUCUUUUACAGAAGUCUAUUAACCUAGUUUUGAUUUCGUACUUUACGAAGCAAACAUAGGUACAGAUUAAUACAUGAUGUUUGUUUCAGGUCGCUUACAAAACACAUAUAGAGUGAUAGAAAGUAAAUAUUUUACUAUGACAUCAGAGAUUUGGUAGUUUAGCAAACGACACGUAGUUCCCUUAAUGGUACAUUAUUAAAAAAAUAACGUGUUUAAUUAAACUUUUAUAACAUAAAGAAUCAAGCAAAGAGAAUCUUCAAAAUGUUUUCUGAUACUGCAAAGAAAAAUUAACAAAUAUGAAUUUUUGAAUUAGCGCAGCAUGAGCCUCAUAUUUUAGAAAUAAAUCUUUAUCAUUCUCU